UAAAAGAGUUAUUAAAAUAUUAAAAUUUCAUUCCACAUUCAUUCAUUUCCUCAUUACACAUACUUAUUUUUCUAGUUUUAGUUUUGCCGACUCGUCUCACAUUCGUUAUCUAUUAGAGCGGCGAGCUUCACUUGGAAAUCUUCUGAAGAGCUUCCGAGUUUGCGAAUGAGAACUCGGCAUUGACUCAGACGGUUCGUUACAUUUUUGUGGCCGAUGCUGAAGUUUUAGCUCAGUGACAAUUUCUCUUGCUAUGACUUUCAGGUUUAUGCUAUAUUGAAAUAAAUUUUCAUUGACUAUGGGUGUCUCUGGGAAGUGGAUUAAAGCAUUGGUUGGUCUAAAGAAAUCAGAAAAGCCAGAGAAGGAUGGAAAUGUUGGCAAGUUUCAUCAUCAGAGAAGGCAUGAUGUCGAAUUUAAUAAUGGUAAACUUCCAAACGAAUUGGAUAAUGAUGCUACUACACCUGUUGAAGAUGUUAAUGGCCAUGCAAACCUUGAUGCCCACUAUUCAUCUUCUUCUUCACAAGCACAUGAUGCUGCACAUAAUCAACAAAUGAGGGAGGAAUGGGCUGCAAUACACAUUCAAACAGCAUUUAGAGGAUUUCUGGCCAGAAGAGCACUACGGGCUUUGAAAGGUGUGGUAAGGCUUCAGGCCCUUGUAAGAGGCCAUGCAGUGAGAAAACAAGCCGCAAUAACACUCCGUUGUAUGCAAGCUUUAGUGAGGGUUCAAGCUCGUGUUCGAGCUAGGCGUGUUUGCAUGGCAUUGGAAACUCAAGCAUCACAACAGAAGCAUCAGCAAAACCUUGCAAAUGAAGCUCGAGUUCGAGAAAUAGAAGAAGGAUGGUGUGAUAGUGUAGGAUCUGUUGAAGAAAUUCAGGCUAAAUUAUUGAAGAGACAGGAGGCUGCAGCAAAACGUGAGAGAGCCAUGGCAUAUGCUCUAUCUCAUCAGUGGCAGGCAGGAUCAAGACAGCAGCCUGUUUCCUCUGGUGGAUUUGAACCGGAUAAAAACAGCUGGGGUUGGAAUUGGUUGGAAAGGUGGAUGGCUGUCCGUCCUUGGGAGAACCGCUUUGUUGACAUAAAUAUGAAGGAUGGAGUAACAGUACAUGAAGAUGGAACUAAGGAUGAUAAAAAUGAAACCCCACCUCAGUUGAGCUCUGCUUACAAGAAACCAUUCUCAUCAAACACUCAUCCAAACCUGACAAGUCAAGGAACUGGUCCCACUAUUUCUGAUGGCUGUGAUUCUUCAUCUAGUAUGCCUGCAGGUUUGCCAGAAUCAUCAAACACACAUCCUGUUAAGCCGACUUCUAAGGCAAAUGCUGAAAAUACUGUUGGAGAAUUUAACUCAAAACCUAGAAUUGGGUCAAGAUCUCUUAGUAAUCCAAAGGAGAGAACAUCACAGGCAGAUAAGCAGGCCAAAAAACGAUUAUCUCUGCCUAACAAUAGGGCUGGUGCUGGAUCUCAAAUAGUCAAACACCCUGUUAGCAUUACUAAUGUGAAAGGGACGCUAAGCACGCAAAAGUCUACUAGGGAUAAACCUAAGCUCAAUGGAAGAAGGGAGGAGAAUACAAAGUAGCUGAAUGGAAGAAAGGAUGCGAACAUAAACACAAGGAUAUGUAUUUUCGAGAAUCUCAAAUAAGGGAAAUCACUCUCUUCUCUGUUGAUAUAUGGGCAUUUGUCGUUCUGUGCAUAUAAUGUGAAGCGGUGAGGGCUUUGUAUUGUACAUAGUCCAUGAAGAGUUGAAGACGAUGAAUGUGGUUUUACAGUUUUGAGAUUGGCUUGGGUUGUGAUAGGAAUAAGAUUUGCCUGGUUGAUACAAGUUUGCUUUUAUUUAUGCAAUGCAAUGCUUGUUGUGGUCAGAAUGUCAGUUAUGUGAUAGCAUGAUGCAUUUAUGUACACCUUUCAGUGUGAUUGCCUUAUGUCGCGUUAUAUUGUUGCCAGCUGUUCUUUAGUGAGCAUAUUUCACCAACACAUACAUGCUUCUGCGUAGAUUUGAUUAUUUGAUCAUAAUUGGUUAUGCCUUAUUUUCUGUACA